UGUGGGGUUGUGAUCCUGUGUGUGUGUGUGUGAUUGUGAUGAUGCGACAGUGAUGGGGGUGUGGUUGUGUUGAGUGUGGUGGAGUAAUUGUGAUGGGAUAUUUGUGUCAUGGUGAUGUUUGUAAUUGUCUGUGAUUUAUGAUAACGUGUGUGGUGUUGUCUGUGAUUGUCAGGUAGAUGUGCAGAGUAUGGAGGUGUUUGCAAUUGUGAUAUGUGUAGUGGUUCUUGUCUUACCUCAUUUGACUUUUGUGUAGCCUUUGGCAUAAUUGGUAACCGCAUGAAAAAAUUUUCUGUAUUUGGUUUCACGUGGUCUUUCCUCCCCAUUGGCCACUCUUUCUUAGUCCCCUUUGCUGCCCUUUUUUGCCCCCAGCAGUUCUUGGCCCGGUUCUGUUGUGCUCCAGUUUCCCUUGGUGAUCUUUUCCAGAUUUAUUAUUUCAUCUUCCUAUGUCUUCUUUUAUUAUAUGUAUUAGUUAUUGUGAUCAUAAUAAUGCUGCCUAACAAACCACUCUUAAACUCAGUGGCAUGAAACAGCAAGCAUUUAUUCUCUUGUUCACAGGUUUGCAGGUUCUGUGUUCAGCUUAUCUAGGCUGGGCUUGCCUGGGUGGCUGGACUGCAGAAUCGAUUCAGACCUGCUCCACAUGUAUUCUUUCUGCAGCUCAGGCUAAAAGGACAGUGGUUACCAGGACAUGUGCUUCUCCUGGUGGAUCACCAGCAUACAAGACAGAUCAUAAAAACACCCUUAAAAACCUCUGCUCCAAAGUAUACUAAUACUAGGUUAGCUAAAGCUAUUCAGGUGCCUAAGUGUAACAUUAAUUACACCCAGUCAGAGGGCAAGACAAAAAGUGUGAAUGUGUAAUCCUCUUAGCGGAGGGUGAAACAUUGGGACCAAGAUUCCAAUCUAUGACAUUAAGAAACAUGCCUCUUUAUCCUGGUCUGUCUCUUGUUAAGAGCAUAUUGCUGGGCUUUUCCCCUUUUUAUCCUGUUUGACUGUUAUUUUAAUAGCCCACAGGUCCUGGCUCCACAAAGAUAAGACAGAUCUGUGAUGUGAGGAUAAAGAACCGUGAAGAGCAGGUAUCUAUCGUGGAAGGAGACCUCCUGAUCUGAGACCUUCCCUGGAAGCUGGGGAGUCCUGAGAUAGAGUGGACCCUGGAAUUGCUAGACCUGCACCCUAUCUUAACCCCUCUGUUUAGAGUGGGAAAGGCCUGAAUGACAUCUCAACCUUCAGAGAUCAGCAGUAGCUGUGUGACAACGGAGCGUUUGACCCAGAUGAUGGAAAGGACAGCUUGGUAUUCUCCAGAUUCUGCCCUUUUCAAGGAAGAAGAGGAUAUGACCAGUUCUCUUGAAACAGUAACAUUUAAGGAUGUGGCUGUGGACCUCACCCAGGAGGAAUGGCAGCAAAUGAAACCUGCUCAGAGGGACUUGUACCGUGAUGUGAUGCUGGAGAACUAUAGCAACCUAGUCACAGUGGGCUGCCAAGUCACCAAACCAGAUGUGAUCUUCAGGUUGGAGCAGGAAGAAGAACCAUGGGUGGUAGAAGAAGAAAUGCUUGGGAGGCCCUGUCCAGAAGUUUGGGAAGAUGGUGAACAGAUCAAGGAGCAGCAGGAAACACUUGUGAGGAAAGUCACAUCCAUCUCCAAGAAAACUCUAAUUAAGGAAAAUGUCAUUGAAUGUAAAAAAGUUGCAAAAGUAUUUCCUCUGGGCUCAGACAUUGUUACUUCAAGACAAAACUUUUAUGAAUAUUAUGACUCAUUUGAUAAGGGUUUUGAACAUAAUUUAGACUUACUUAGUUAUGAGAAAGGCUGUAUAAGAGAGAAAAAUUAUGAGUGUAAUAAGUAUGGGAAACCAUUUUACCAUUGCUCAUCCCAUGUUGUAACCCCCUUUAAGUGUAAUCAGUGUGGACAAGACUUUAAUCAUAAAUUUGACCUCAUCAGACAUGAGAGAAUUCAUGCUGGAGAGAAACCGUAUGAAUGUAAGGAAUGUGGAAAAGCUUUCAGUAGGAAGGAAAAUCUUAUUACACAUCAAAAAAUUCAUACUGGGGAAAAACCAUAUAAGUGUAAUGAAUGUGGAAAAGCUUUCAUUCAAAUGUCAAACCUUAUUAGACACCAGAGAAUUCAUACCGGAGAAAAACCUUAUGCAUGUAAGGAUUGUUGGAAGGCCUUCAGUCAGAAAUCAAAUCUCAUUGAACAUGAGAGAAUUCAUACUGGAGAAAAACCCUAUGAAUGUAAAGAAUGUGGAAAAGCCUUCAGCCAGAAGCAAAAUCUUAUUGAGCAUGAGAAAAUUCAUACUGGCGAGAAACCUUAUGCAUGUAAUGAAUGUGGUAGAGCUUUUUCUCGAAUGUCAUCUGUUAAUCUACAUAUGAGAAGUCACACAGGGGAGAAACCUUAUAAAUGUAAUAAAUGUGGAAAAGCCUUCUCUCAAUGCUCAGUAUUUAUUAUACAUAUGAGAAGUCAUACAGGUGAAAAACCCUAUGUAUGCAGUGAAUGUGGGAAAGCCUUCUCUCAAAGUUCAUCCCUUACUGUACAUAUGAGAAAUCAUACAGCUGAGAAACCCUAUGAAUGUAAUGAAUGUGGAAAAGCCUUCAGCCGGAAAGAAAAUCUCAUUACACAUCAAAAAAUUCAUACUGGAGAGAAACCUUAUGAAUGUAAUGAAUGUGGGAAAGCUUUUAUUCAGAUGUCAAACCUCAUCCGACACCAGAGAAUUCAUACUGGUGAAAAACCCUAUGCGUGCGCAGUAUGUGGGAAGGCCUUUAGUCAGAAAUCAAAUCUCACUGAACAUGAGAAAAUUCAUACUGGAGAGAAACCCUAUCAUUGUAAUCAAUGUGGAAAAGCUUUCAGUCAGAGACAAAAUCUCCUUGAACAUGAAAAAAUUCAUACUGGAGAGAAACCGUUUAAAUGUAAUGAAUGCGGUAAAGCCUUCUCUCGAAUCUCAUCCCUUACUCUUCACGUUAGAAGUCAUACAGGGGAGAAACCGUAUGAAUGUAAUAAAUGUGGAAAAGCCUUCUCUCAAUGCUCAUUACUUAUAAUACAUAUGAGAAUUCACACCGGUGAGAAACCCUUUGAAUGUAAUGAAUGUGGGAAAGCAUUCUCUCAAAGAGCAUCCCUUUCUAUACAUAAGAGAGGUCAUACAGGUGAGAAACGCCGAGUAUACUAAAUGAAUAAAGGCCUUCUCUUAAAUUAAAUCCAUGCUUUACUUAACUUUAAAAUAUCUUGGCAUAGUCUCAAAAAGUGAAAAAGAUCUUUAUGAAAAAAUUGUAAAGCUUUAUUGAAGGGCAAAAGACUUGAGUAAAUGGAGGGAAAUACCAUGGAUGUAGAUGGAAAAACGCAAUAUCAUAAAAUGUCUUUUCUCCCCAAAUUAAUCUAUGGACCUAAUAUAGUUCCAAACAUCUAACAAGAAUUUUCUAGGAUUUUUACCAAAUGCUUCUAAAAUCCAUAUGAAAUAAAAGUCUAUGGAUUGCUGAGACAAUAUUGAAUAAGAACAGAGAGGACACACCUUCUACCAUAUACUACAUGUAUUAUGAAGUUAUGGUCAUAUAAUAGUGUGUGGCAUUAGAACAUUAAUGGAUAAAUAAAAAGGUUUUACAGAAUAGAAUGCCUAGAAGUAAAUGAAUGAGUAUAUGCCAACUUGUUGUAUAUUAGACAUGACAUCGUGAAUCAGUAGAAGAAUGACGGCCUAGUCAAUAAAAACAGUUGGAGUAUUUGAAUCUCUAUAUUGGGGAAAAUAAAAUUACAUACAACCUUACAACAUAUAAAGAAAAAGAAUUCCAAAGGAUUUGAACACUGAAAUGUGAAAAGCCAAACUCUGAACUUCUUGAAAGGAAAUAACAGGAUAUUGUCUAUGACUUUGAGGCAGGGAAAUAUUUUUUAAAAGGACCCUGCCAUUCCACUUCUGGAUAUACAUCCUAAAGAAAUUCAUAAAUAUGAAUAAGAAAUAUAUAUAUAUAUAUAUCUGAAUUGAAAACAACGUAUAUAUUGAAGGGAUAAUGGAUGAAUAAAAUAUGAUAUAUUCAAAUAAUGGAAUGGUAUACAGCAGUUAAAAGCAAUGAGCUUGGUCUGUAUUGUGUAACAUGGUUGUUAUCUAAAAUAAUGUUGAGUGAAAAAAAAAUCAAGAUCCAGAUGAAACAUACCAUAUAAUAACAUUCAUGUAAAUUGGAGUGAAAUCAUUCACAAAGAAUAGAACUAUGUUUUUAUUAUUAAAAUAUGUAUGUAAAACUAUUUUAAAUGGAUUAAAAAGGACACAUACCAAAUUA